CAAGCACAGGCAGCCCAGAGCCAAAAAAGGCCCAGGCACCGGCUUGCGUGGGUUUGGCAGUAAGUGUGUGGCAGCUGGCACUACACUAGACUGGCUGGGAUCUGGUCGGCGGCAAAAAGGCUGCCAUCAAAGCACCAUGCUGCGAGCAAGCUCCCUGCAUGCCGCCUUCGCCGUGGGCACGAUGCUACUGGUCGUGGUCGCAACCACUGCCGCCGCGGCUGGGAACAUAGUUGUCCCACGCCUCGAGGUGACAGACUGCGUUGCGCGGAACGCGACGCCAAUCGAAGGCAGCCCGACGGUCUUCUGGUCCGAGGCUGAGCACUUCGUGGACGGCCGUGUGCGGCAGUCCGCCGCGGCGCAUUUAAUGCGGCGGUUUGGCGCGUUCAAGGAGGGUGGAGCGGUCGUUGACAUCGGUGCGGGCCGCGGCGGGCUCCGGGAGUACCUCCCACCGACCACUACGUAUGUCCCCGUCGACGUGAUGGGCUAUGAGGGUGUCCGCACCAGUGUAUAAAUCACGGUUCACGUCGCCUUCGUGCUGAAUCAUUGCGUCGACCUCCACACCAUCGACGCGACGUCUGCUCGAGUGGGUGCUGCGGCUCGACGUAGCCAUCACGGCCGCGUCGUCGCCUCUAAAGAGUCCGUGAGACACUGAACUCACUGGUCGAUUCGCACAAAGGUCCGCGCAGUAAAGUGCGACGUGAACAGGCGAGAAUUUCCGUUUGUGCUGAGACCAGACGACGCCCGCGACGGCGUCGCCGCAUUCGCUUUCUUGGGCUCCUUUCACUAUGUUCUCGACAAGCAGACGGUGCUUCACCUCUGCCGCGCUCAUCGCGGCGCGCACGUCGUUCUUGCGUACGACUUCGGCUGCGGCCACGCUGCGUCGACCUCAGCGGCGACGUACGAGUGGGUCGCGCCCCUGUCGUUCCGGGCGUUCGCCGAGGCCGCGUACAUCGCCGAUUUUGACGCGCUGUUCUUCGACGGGCCCGAAGGCGAGCCGAUGACGUGGCUCGAGGCGCAGCUGCGCUCGGAGCGCCGCGACGACGACACGUUCGCGUACGCUUAUUUGACCGCGCGGGGCACGCUGCCCGUACCCGCACCCAAGGCGACGAUGCGUGCCGGGUACUCCAUCACUUCGAUAAUUCGCGUGCCGGGCUCCAACAUCCGUGCCUCGACCGACGCCGUCGUCGCUGCCUCCCUCGCGGCAGGCAACACGCCGUGCUGGUUCGAGCUCGAUCCGGAUGGCGUGGCAGAAAUCUUUGAGACGGGGUGGAACCGCGAGGCGUGCCUCUGGGCCCGCGGCCUCGACGUCAUCGUCUCGCGGAUCCGCGCGGCGCACUGGCCGGUGACGAACGAAACGGCGCUCUUUCGCGACCAGCACGUCCGCCUACCAAAUGGCGAGCCCAACCUCGUCGUUCCGCUGCGACGCGCCGCGCCUCCAGAGCCCGGCGAGCGGCCGUUCGCCUUCGACGCGGCUGCCGCGCUCGCCGCGCUCGCCCCGCCCGCGGCGGGCCACGACGAAACCACGUUUCUGAGAGCGCUGCGCGAACGCGUCGACCGACGGCUCGCGAUUAUCGACACCCAGCCUGCAACGGAUCCAAGUAAAGAAAACGCAUUCAACGAAUUCGGAAAAACUCACGUUCUGCCGUUUUUGGACACUAAUCGAUUCGACACGUUCGUAGACAAGCUCAAAUUUAAAGACUUCUGCCGCGAGAUAGGCUUGAAAACAACCCCAUUAAUACGCGUUCUUUCUUCUCCGAAUGAACUCGAGGCCGUGUGGUCAACUCUACCUGAAAAGUUCGUUGUAAAAUCAAACAAGGGUGCGGGUCGAAAUGCGAUUGUACAAUCGAAACAAAGUACAAAUGCAAAGGCCGUUUUGCAACAGUUGGAGAAUUGGGACGCGCCGUAUUGGAACAAAAAUGAAUGUCAUUACGAACACACCGUUCCAAGACUAUUCAUCGAGACUUUUAUCGACCCUUUGCCAGAAGACAUCAAAGUGGUAGUCGUCGACAACGUCCCGACGGUGGUCUGGUCGGAUCAAGAUCGCUUUGAAGCUCAUACGCGAACUGUGUAUGCGGUUGAGCGCGGCACUGCAAACUUGACGCGGCUAAACGAUUGUUUCUGGCAUUGUCCUACUGGGCAAUUAAGUCGCAAAAAUGAGAUUGAUCGCUGUGUCGAGAAAGGGCUCAUGAAAGAUGUACUACGAUUCGCCACCGAGAUUUCUCGGCGAAUCGAUUUGAGAAUGGUUCGCGUAGAUUUUUACAUCAUUGACGGCACCGUCACCGGUGGUGAAGUAACCCUGGCGUCGGGCGCUUUCAACGAGAAAAUCUCACUUUCCUGUGCGGAGUCAGCUACUCAAGUUGCAUAAUCUCUACGGCCUUCGAUGGUCGGACCUAGUGUUUCGGAUGCACUGGCACGAGCAAAGCGCCCUGCCUUUCGAUCUGCAUGAAGAGGCCCGGACCACGCCUAAAGUUCACUGUGUAGUGUAGCAGGUAUGAUUCCUUACUAGUAGAGCCCCCGG